GUAUCCCUCCUAGAUCCACCCCGACGUGAUUCGAAAUUUGGAAAUCGCCGUGCUGCGAUUGGGUCUCGCUUGCUUAUGGUCAGUAUCAAGAUGAAGAAAGACGACAACAUCAACCAGCGUAUAGGCAUCCGCCUCUGCUCCGCUCAUCGGGAUGGUAGGGCCGAUCCCUUGGACGGACCCUCCUAUGAGGCUAGCUGUUAUCAUCAUUAUCAUUAUCAUCACCAACAACAACAUCGACUCACUGCCUUCGCUCUAUGGAAAUACCCUUCUCCCUCCCCACAUACCGCUCUGUAUGCCUCCCCCCCCCCCUCCCUUCUUUGGUUUUCUUCCUUCCUCCUCUUCCGAUGACGUGAAGUUGGGAUACGCCCCGUCUCGUUAAGUCUAACGAUCGCUCGCGAUGAGUAGGGCGGUCCUUCAGCAGCAGCCGCGUCUGUUCCGCCGCGCGGCUGUCAUCGGACCCUCUCGCCGACUCGCGCGUAGAUGGCGGACCAGUACCGCCGGCACAUGUCGGCGUGAACGGGGACAGGCGGUGAAGACUUCAUCCCGCCUGUGGCCGACUCGAUAUUUCAGCGUGCCUUCGUCCAGUCCCGACGACAGUGAAGAUGCUCAGCCGGGCACCUAUAGCGAAGCCGACCAUGAGCAUGCGGUCAUCUCAGCCUUCGACCUUUUCUCCAUCGGCAUCGGCCCUUCCUCUUCCCACACAGUUGGGCCGAUGCGGGCAGGUGGUAUCUUCGUUACUGAUCUCAUCGAGGCUGGCCUGUUAGAAAAUGUGGGCAUGAUACGCAUUUCCAUCUACGGCAGUCUUGCACUCACCGGCGAGGGCCACAUGACGCCUUCUGCGCUUCUGCUCGGCCUCGAGGGUGCGAAUGUGGAAACUGUAGACACGUCCUAUGUGCCCACUCGUUUUGAGCGGAUCAAAAAGGAGAAGAAGUUAUUCCUGGGUCACAGGCUUCCCCAAGGCAAGGCGAGACAAAUUGACUUCGACUACGACCGCGAUUUCAAAUGGGAGUGGGGCAAGAAAUUGCCCAUGCAUAGUAAUGGCAUGCGCUUUAUGGCGUUCGACAACGAGGGGAAUAUGCUGGCAACUAAUGAUCUAUUCAGCGUAGGUGGUGGCUUCGUCGUCAACGGUGCGUUGUCCACCGCGGCCACCACAGCAGCAGCAGUCCAGGCCGCAAAGGAUACCUCGAACACUAAAGAACUCCAAUCCGAGAGCUCCGGUGGGCACCCGGCAGACCUGGCCGAGAACAUGUUCUACAAAGAAAUCAGACGAGCUAAUGCAGCGGGGGAUCGAAGAACUGGUCCCGAGGUUAAGUCCCACGCCAGUGAUCCUGCCGACGAGCCAAUGACUUUAGAAGGAGCUCAUUCGAGUCAAUCCGGAUCCCUCUCUUCUAUGGAGCCUGCGACAGGAGACGCGGACGCUGAAGUCACCAAUACUAAAACGGCUGAACGACAACCUCGCUACCCGUUUCACGACGCCCAGAGCCUGUUGGCGCUGUGUAACAAGCACAAUUUAACUAUUGCGCAGUUGGUUUACGAAAACGAGAAGAGUCAUGGGUACACAGACGAUGAGAUAUUUAGAAAAGUGAUGCGCAUUUGGGAGGUUAUGGACGACAGCAUACUCGAAGGUGUCCAGGCGCCUCUCGAUGCAAUACUUCCGGGGUCGCUUAAGCUUCAUAGACGGGCGCCGGGCCUGUAUAGACGGUUAACGAGAGGGCUGUACCCGUCGCACGCCCGGGUUGAUGACACAGUCCAGGGGGAACAGCAACUGUCGUCCCAGAAUGGUAGCGAUGGCGAAGCACCACCACUAGAGCCGGUGACGUCGACUCCAGCCACACUAGAUCGAAAGCGCCCGAUUAACAAGCGGAGACCCCAACGGAUACACGGCGCUAUUUACCACCCCAUCAUGCCGUGCCUCCCGCGCCGCACCACAUUCCCGGCGAUGGAUUACUUAACUAUGUACGCAAUCGCAGUGAACGAGACGAAUGCGGCGGGUGGGCGAGUCGUGACGGCGCCGACAAACGGCGCGGCAGGAAUCAUCCCUGCCGUGCUAAAGUACACUAUCGAAUUUAUCAGCGACGACACAGAACGCGAUAUUAUGACAUUCCUUCUGACCGCGGCCGCCAUAGGCAUGCUGUACAAGCGCGGGGCCACUAUCUCGGCAGCGGAAGGUGGAUGCAUGGCUGAAGUCGGAGUAGCCUGCUCCAUGGCGGCUGGCGCCUUCGCGGCAUGCAUGGGUGCGAGCCCCGAGGCGAUCGAGCAGGCGGCCGAGAUCGGUAUUGAGCACAACCUUGGCCUGACGUGCGAUCCUAUCGGCGGGUUAGUACAGGCGCCUUGUAUCGAGCGCAACGCCCUCGGCGCAGUGAAGGCCAUCUCAAGCGCGAACCUAGCCCUAAGCAGCAAGACGGGCACCCAGAAGGUUCGGCUCGACGAUGCUAUUCGCGCUAUGCGCCUCACUGCUAAAGGCAUGAGAAACGAGUUCAAGGAGACGAGCCUCAGUGGUCUAGCUACUAGCGUGCCACUCAACAUCCCCGUCAGCGUCCCCGACUGUUGACUCUUGAUUCUCGUGAGUGGGUUAAGAGAACGUUUCUUUUUUUAUAAUACAAGGAGAACUAAGAAGCAUUCGCGGUUGAGGGCGAAGGUAAAUACACUCACUAUAAAGGGCAAGUUUUGAGUUAGAGUCUACGCGCUAAGGUAGUAUAUAAAUAUAAAGGAUUUAGGUAGACUUGUGUAUACGAUAUAUAGAUAGAGGUACGGCGUAUAUUACUAUGUUUUAUAAAGUAAUAAAUGGAAUAAAUGCUAUUACAGUG